AGACCCCUUAAAGGCGUUUGAGAGCGUGACGCCCGCUUCCCUUUAAGAGCCAGUUAUGCGUCACCUGACCAGGUCCACCGACCACCGAUGAGGCAGGACCGUAACCUGCACUACCAGAAAAAUAAGCAAGUAAAAUAUCCAAGAUCUACACAAUAUAGCACUGAAACGUGAAAAUAUACUUGUCUUCAAAGUAAACUCCCUCUCUUGAAAAGGCUUGAACGAGACACGUCAUCAUCCCCAUCAUCAUCCGACCGGACGGGAAGGACACACCGGCUGCGACCGAAUAUUACCAAGGCUUCGGAAUCCCGAGCAGGUUUACAGUAAAGGGUUAAUCAACGAAGCGUUUUUGCAACUCGUUUUUAUGCGUUUAUUUAUUAGCUUCCUCACAAAAAUAACCAAUUCAACGCAAAACUCUCUGUCUUUUCGGUUAGAUGGCGAUUUUCAUACAUAUGAUAACCAAAAGUGACGAUUUAACGUAUUAAUUUGAUUAUUUAUUUCCCACGAGACGAGAGCCAGAAAAUAGCUCGUCAUAGGGCGUUACGUAACAGAGGCAUUAUCCACGGUGCUGAAACCAACCCAUGCUAGACGCCAGCGAGGGGAUUUUUUUCAAGCAUUCAGCUGAAAGUAUAUAGCCUAUUUUGUGCUUUUAAAUACGCAUUUUCAGCCGCUCUGGUUGGAAACCGAGACGAGGUAUUGACAUUGUCAGUUUCUAGCGAGCCACUUUGGAUUCCGUUCCUUUUUUUGUCGGCGAAUAUCAUAUGCAUUCCGGCUGUCCUUCCCCCUUAAGUUGAUUCUCGAGGUGGUUGUCGACGCUACCGGUAGAAAAUGUCGGGACAGACUCUGACGGAUCGCAUCGCCGCGGCGCAGUACCAGCUCACCGGAUCCGAGGUGGCUCGUGCCGUUUGCAAAGCCACCACGCACGAGGUGAUGGCGCCCAAAAAGAAGCACCUGGAGUAUCUAAUCUCAGCCACCAACGAGACAAACGUGAACAUCCCUCAGAUGGCUGACACACUAUUUGAAAGAUCCGCUAAUGCCAGCUGGGUGGUCGUGUUCAAAGCUCUAACCACGACCCACCACAUCUGCAUCUACGGCAAUGAGAGAUUCAUCCAGUAUUUGGCCUCAAGGACUUCCCUGUUCAAUCUCAGCAACUUUAUUGACAAAACAGGCUCCCAUGGCUAUGACAUGUCUACAUUCAUCAGACGAUAUGCGCGGUACUUGAAUGAGAAGGCAUAUGCUUACCGUGCGAUGGCCUUCGACUUCACUCGAGUUAAGAAGGGAGCUGAUGGUGUGAUGAGGACUAUGGCUCCUGACAAGCUUUUGAAGGCCAUGCCUGCCCUUCAGACUCAAGUGGACACACUGCUGGAGUUUGACGUUCAUCCUAAAGACUUGAACAAUGGCAUCAUAAAUGCAGCGUUCCUGCUUCUCUUUAAGGAUCUGAUAAAGCUCUUCGCCUCCUACAAUGACGGCAUCAUCAAUUUAUUAGAGAAAUAUUUCAAAAUGAAGAAGUCUGAGUGCAAGGAUUCUCUGGAAAUUUAUAAGAAAUUUCUGACCCGGGUGACCAAAAUCUCAGAGUUCAUGAAAAUCGCUGAGCAAGUAGGAGUGGAUAAGAAUGACAUUCCUGACAUCUCUUAUGCUCCCAGCAGUAUUCUGGAAUCUCUGGAGGCACAUAUGAACAGUCUAGAGGGCAAGAAAGGGGAUGGGUCACCCACAAAGGGAUCACCCACCAAUAAUGUGUCUCCAACCUCCACUCCCGCCAAAUCAGGCGCUGCCGUCCCAACUUUGGAGCCACCACGCACUGAGGCCGCACCUGUCACCGAAACUGCCACUGAUUCUCUGCUGGAUUUGGACCCGUUGUCUUCCUCUGGACCUUCUACAGGAGGAGCAUCAGCUGCUCCCACAUCUUGGGGAGAUCUGCUGGGCUCAGAUAUGUUUGCGGCCCCUGCGGCUGAAACAGCUGCUGCUGCUGAGGGUGGGGCCGCAGCAACCACGCCCACUCCUGCUGCUGACAGCACUGCACCAACCGAUCCCUUCUCUCCAGCGGCUGUUACAGCUGAUCACUCCGUUCAGUUGGACCUGUUCUCCAUGCAGCCAGUAGAUGACAGUCACUCUCUCUUUAGCUCAGUGGAACCCACUUCUGUCCAGGCGUCUGUCUCCACCACCACCAGCACUGUAGCCCCCACUGCUUUCUCAGCCCCAACGAUAGACCUGUUUGCUGGUUUUUUUGAUCCCAUGCCAGAUUCAUCUGUUCCCAAAACAGACCCAAACCCCAGUCUAGACCGGUUUUCAGCAGAUGUGUUUCGGCCUCCUGCUGCUUCUCUGUCGGCCCCUAUGAGCUGGCCAGACAGUGGGGCAAAUCUGGACCUGUUUGGGGAAUCUGCGGGCGCUGGAGAGGCCAAACCAGUCGCCCCAGCCGCAGCAGCUGCAGGAGGAGAUCUGAUGUCAGCUUUCGAUGGAUUGGGUGAUGUGCUAAUGCCAGCUAUGGCUCCACAGGCAGCAGGGGCCACCUCACCGGUCAAACCCAUGGGAGGAGACCUGGACUCAGCUAUGGCCAACAUGGCUAGCAAUUUGGCAGUGGGGAACCAGAAACCGGGUGAAGCAGCUGGAGGGGCGAACUGGCAAGCGCAGGUACCCAACCCUAGCUGGGGCGUUGCCAUGACUUCCCCUCUCAGAGUCUGUCCUGUCAUGGGAUCUCCGUCACCGUUUGGCAUGCCUGGUGCAGGAGCUGCUCCCAUGAUGCCUGGCUCACCGAUGAUGGCCACACAGCAACCAAUGAUGAGGCCACAGUUUCCCGCAGCAGGAGCCCCUGGACAACCGAUGUCUCCAGGAAUGGCCCAGAGUCCCAGGAAGCCUCCCCCUCCUAAAGACCCUCUCGCUGACCUCAACAUCAAAGACUUCAUGUAGAUGAACAGCUGGUUUGUCACACUUAUUGUGCAGACCUGAAGAAUCAGACGUGUGUAUUCUUUCUUCCAUUCAUCACAAUGAGGGCCUCCAGUCCCUCCUUUUCGCUCUCUAUUUCCCUUCCCUGUCUGUUGUUGUAGCACAAACCGUGAACGUGAAUAAGUACAUGUGUGUAUGUGUGUUUGUAUUU